AUGAUAGUGUAUGCGUUUCAGAGAUCCCAGAUUGUCAGCACAUGGGAGAAAUUGCGGCUAUUCUACAGGGGGAUUCUGGAGAAUGGAGACAAGAGGACGGAUGAUUGGCUGCUCGUCUACUCUCCCGUGCCAAUCAGCGGCAUCUUCUCGUGCUACUUGUUCAUUGUAUGGGUGGGACCAAAGCUGAUGAAACACAGACAGCCAAUCAACCUCAAGCCUGUCCUGAUAGUUUACAACUUUGCAAUGGUCUGCCUGUCUGCCUACAUGUUCUAUGAGUUUACAGCAGCUUCCUGGUUGGCCAACUACAGUCUGCUCUGCCAGCCUGUUGACUACAGCAACAGACCGCUGGCUAUGAGGAUGGCCCGGGUUUGCUGGUGGUUUUACAUUUCCAAGGUCAUCGAGCUCAGUGACUCAAUAUUCUUCAUCCUGAGGAAGAAGAACAGCCAGCUGACCUUCCUCCAUGUCUACCAUCAUGCAACCAUGAUCUUCAACUGGUGGGCAGGGGUUAAGUAUGUAGCCGGUGGCCAGUCUUUCCUGAUUGGAUUGAUCAACUCUUUGGUUCAUGUGUUGAUGUACCUGUACUACGGCCUGGCUGCCCUGGGACCACACAUGGCCAAGUACCUCUGGUGGAAACGCUACCUCACCUCCCUGCAGCUGCUCCAGUUCUUCAUAGUGACAAUCCACACCACCUACAACCUGUAUGCUGACUGUGAUUUUCCAGACUCCAUGAACGCCGUGGUCUUUGCCUACGCGCUCAGCCUCAUCGCACUCUUCAGCAACUUCUAUUACCACAGCUACCUCACCAAGAACAAAGACGCCUAG